AUGGACAGUUCAACUUCUGCAACGUCCCAUACAAGGCGCAAGAGUGUCAAUGACAUGACCAACAAGGAAAACCCAACCAACGUCCAUGAAGAUAUUACUACUAUUUGUUUUGGCAGUUUGUGUUUAAACAGCAACAGCAAUGUCUCGACUGAUGCUGCUUCUUCUCCUUCUCCUCCUGUUCCUGAUUCUUCAGAAAAACUGCAAGAAACUCAAGCUGUCAACGAGGCAAGAAAAGGGUUGUCUUCAAAUUUUGAUAAUUUGCGGGCUAUUCAAGAAUUCUUCCCUGGUGGAACAAAAUGGCUAUUAUCAGGUUCGGUUCCUCGGAAAAAUAUCUGGGCAUGUCAUAGUUUGUACAAUAGAGAACAGAAUCCAGCGAAAAAUAGGAUCACUGGCCAAGGAAAUUCAGUGACUUCUCUGAAUUAUGCGCAUGUGAAUUAUGUACAAGAUAAUUCUUAUGGAAGCCUAGGAGAUCAAACAAGAUUCAAUCUUUUCCAUGAGAAUUCGCCAUUGUAUCGUUCACCAAAUCAGUUUGGUGGCUUAUGCAAUAUGGGAGAUAAUGGGUUGAAUGGUACAGGGAAUUUCAGGCCAGUGACGGAGAAUCAGUUUUCAGGAAAUAUAGGUAGUGGGUACAACAAUAGGAUGGGUGGUUAUAAGGCAAUUUCCCCUUACUUUCAAGAUCAGAGUAUCUGGGGUCAUGGUAGCCUGGUUGAAAGUUCAUUGCCGGGAUUCGACUUUUUUGCAAUGGCUAUGAACAGGGAGGGUUCGGAGCAAUUGAAAAGGAUUCUUCGACAGGGGAACUCUUGGUAUACACAAGAAACAUUCAAAGCUGUUUUUCCCCACAUUUUUCAACUGAUGAACGACUCCAACGGACAUGUUAUCUUUGACACCCUGGUUGACAAAUGUGAAAGUUGUCAGCUAUGUGCAAUCGUGAUGAAGUUUCAGUGGGAAACUGACUUGUUUCUGGAUUCAACGUUCAAUGAUAUUGCGUCAAGGUCAAUUCAGAGGCUAAUCAAGAAGCUCAAAAAGACAGGAUUGGAAUCCAUCAUUACAGCAAUGCUAUCCAGAAGAUGCUUGGAACUCAUGACUCACAAGACAGCCUCUCAUGUCAUCCAACAUUCUUUCACGUACUUGGGAGAUGAAGCUAAUGAGGUGUUGUAUGACCACAUAUUAUCCUAUUUCCUGCUAUUAGCCACGGAUCGUGUCGGGUGCAUAACAGUUAAUGCUUGCAUCGAUAGCAUUACUGGUCCGAGAAGAGCAGCUCUUCUCAAGCUGGUGGCAGACAAUGCAAGUUACCUGUCAAAUGAUCCUUCAGGAAACUAUGUUCUGCAGCGUGUUCUCGGACUAAAAGUUGAUCCUGUAACACAGCAAAUUUGCUAUAGUCUUAGAGGCCAAUAUGUGGAGCUGGCUCAGAGGAAAAGUGGUAGUCAUGUAGUCGAAAAAUGCUUGGAAUCAUCAGAACUUGGGCUCUCUCUUGUGAUUAAAGAAAUUUUCAACAAUGACAAAACACUUAGACUGCUGGCUCGAGAUCAAUUUGGGAACUAUGUGAUCCAGACAGCUUUAAGAAUUGCAAAGCUUCACGCUAGACAUCUGUAUGAAUCCAUGGUUGAAGCCCUGAAGCCACACUAUGCCAACCUGAUGAAUAAACCAAGGGGAAGAUAUGUAAGCAACUUGAUCAAAGCUGACCUUGAAGUGCAGCAGAGUGCAAAAUCUGACCAGUGA